UUCUUCUUUUAAUUUUUUAACUUCUAUUUUCACUGCUUAGAAACGAGAUCGUUUUGUUUGUUUUUCUCCAAUCUCUUUUCCAUGUCUGUCCUCUAUACUCUUCCACUUGAAAAGAAACUCGAUUCGUUUGGAACAAAUCCAGACAGCAAAACUGAAACAGAGAUGGGAUUGGGGAGAAAUGACUCACCCGGGUCAGGCGACCCAGGGCGAAGUGGGGAAUCGGAGCCCUCCACCACGACGGAACCACGACGAUUCCCUCUGGCAGCUCAGCCAGAGAUAAUGAGAGCAGCGGAGAAAGACGACCAAUACGCUUCCUUCGUAUACGACGCCUGUCGCGACGCCUUUCGCCACCUCUUCGGUACGAGAGUUGCUGUGGCUUAUCAGAAUGAGACAAAACUUCUGGGGCAGAUGCUUUACUAUGUUUUAACCACUGGUUCUGGACAGCAAACACUAGGAGAAGAAUACUGUGACAUCACUCAGGUUGCAGGACCCCAUGGCCUUUCCCCAACACCAGCUAGACGUGCUCUUUUCAUCGUGUAUCAGACUGCGGUCCCUUAUAUUGCAGAAAGAAUUAGCUCUCGGAUUGCAUCCCGUGGUAUAACCCUUGCUGAGUUACAGUCUGAUGAGUUCUACAGUAACAAUGCUUCUGAUAGGAAUCAAGUAGAGUCAUCCACGGGGAUUGAAAUUUCAUUAUCCCCAGAAUCAAGGGAUUCAGUUUCUGCACUGUCGAGGUUGAAAGAGAAACUUAAUGGAAUGUGGUUGCAUGCAGUUCAGAGAUGGCCAGCAGUGCUGCCUAUAGCUCGUGAAGUCUUGCAAUUGCUUCUACGUGCUAACCUCAUGUUCUUCUACUUUGAAGGUCUCUAUUAUCAUAUAUCAAAACGUGCAGCUGGCAUUCGCUAUGUGUUCAUUGGGAAGCCAUCAAAUCAAAGGCCCAGGUACCAAAUCCUGGGUGUGUUCCUUUUAAUUCAGCUAUGUAUCCUUGCUGCUGAAGGUCUGAGACGCAGCAACUUAUCUUCAAUUGCAAGUUCAAUUCAUCAGACCUCAUUAGGGUCCCAUCAAAAUACAACAGGACGAGGUUUGCCUGUUUUAAAUGAAGAAGGCAUCUUGAUACCCGUAGAGGCUGACCAGGGCAGUUGGGUUGGCGAAUCAACUUCUGAGUCAACAGGUGGUGUCAGCAAAUGCACCUUGUGCCUGAGCCAUCGCCAACACCCAACAGCUACACCAUGCGGUCAUGUAUUCUGCUGGAACUGCAUCAUGGAAUGGUGCAAUGAGAAGCCUGAAUGCCCACUCUGCCGUACUCCCAUAACUCAUUCAAGUCUGGUUUGUUUAUACCAUUCAGACUUCUAGCUCGCGAUUACAAGUACUGCUAAAGUUAACACCCAAGAAGAGAACAAAUUGAAAAAAACCCACUUGUCCUCCUGUUUUGCUCAUGCAAAGAAUUUUUGAAGUGUACCAAAGAAUAAGGAGUAGUAUGUUGAUCGCCACACCGGGAUUGUAAAUUUAGUUAUAUCCAACCAAGGGCAGGAGCUUUUCAGUUAACCAUUAUGAUAGACAAUUUCCCCCCCUCUCCUCUAAACUAAGGUGGGGGGUAUAUCUGCACAGACCAGGUGUGGCAAAUUGUAACGUACCAAUAAAGCAGUGUAUUUCCCUCACCAGUAAAUUUCAUAUAGGGUAAAUUACAAAGAUCCCUUU